AUGCUUGUCGCUAUCGCCGGUGGAACUAGUCCGACUUUGGGAUCUUCGAUUGUAUCAGCCUUGCUCGCCACCGAAGGCCGGUAUACCCCGGUUAUCUUGUCGCGCAAGAGCAAAGCGGAAGUUGAAGGACCCAUUACAGAAAGCUCUAGAGUUGAAAUCCGAUGCGUGGACUAUUACUCCCACACUUCUCUGGUACUUGCGUUGAGUGAUGUGGCUGCUGUCAUUUGUGUAUUGCUUGUCCCAGGACCCGACUGGGUAACAAUCCAGCUGAACCUCCUUCAUGCUGCGGAGGCUGCUGGUUGCCAGCGCUUUGCACCAUCUGAGUUUGCACUCACAUCAUGGGCUCACACCAUGGUUGAUCUAUUGAAAGCCAAGAAUACCGUCUGGAACGCUGUUCGUUCAUCGGUGGAUCAGGGCAAAAUUGAUUCUGCGCGUUUCCCAUGUGGAAUGUUUAUGAACUAUCUUGGGAUAGGUUGUCCUGAGUCAAAGCGUGCAGAUGCCUUGGCUGGAUUUCAAGAGGGACCCUUUUUAGUUCAUCUAGACAGCAGCCCGUCAUGGGUUGAGGUUCCUCUCCAAUCUGAUGGUACAACGCCUCAAAUAGCAAUGACCGAUAUCAAAGACGUCGGCAAAUUUAUUGUCGCUGCGCUGGAUAUCAAGGAGCCAUGGGGUGGCCGUGAGCUGGGAAUGGUGGGCGAUACCUUGAGUUUCGAGAAACUCACACAACUUUGCGAACAAAAUGUUGGGCAUCCCAUCGAGGUUCGAAGAGUGAGAGAAGGUGAGCUUAUAUCGAGGUUGUCAAAUAUACCCCCAGAGCAGGUCAUCCCUCGCAUGGAAUGCCAACUUGAAAUUGUUUGUUGUCGUGGUGGAUUUGUGGUGCCAUCUACGCUCUGCCUCUCACGCUCACAGCCCACAACUGUUGAGCAAUACAUGAAGUUCUACUGGGAAUAA